CGUUAACUUUUUAAUCUAUUUAAGAUUUUCUCUAUUAUUUUACUAUAUCAAUCUUGUGUAAUAAUUGAUUUAUCUAAUCUAAAAGUUUUUGUUUAUCUUAAAUAUUAUUGUCAUUAGUAAAGAUCGAAGAAAAAUUUUCUCGUUUACUCAUGUCAGGAACAACAUCGCACCCUCAAAUUCAAGAUGGAUGGUUUCGUGAGAAACCUACACUUUGGCCUGGUCAAGCUAUGUGUUUAGAAAUUGAAGAAGUUUUAUGUCAUGAAAAAUCUCUAUAUCAAGAUGUUUUGAUUUUUAAAUCAACGCAUUAUGGUAUUGUAUUAGUAUUAGAUGGUGUAGUUCAAUGUACUGAACGUGAUGAAUUCUCGUACCAAGAAAUGAUUACACAUAUUCCAAUGAAUUGUCAUUCGAAUCCGGAAAAUGUACUCGUAAUCGGAGGAGGAGAUGGUGGUGUACUUCGAGAAGUAGCUAAACAUGAAUCUGUUAAAGAAAUUGUUUUAUGUGAUAUUGAUGAGUCUGUAAUUCGUUUAUCAAAAAAAUAUUUACCAAAAAUGGCAAUUGGAUUUGAUAAUCCAAAAGUUACUGUACAUAUUGGUGAUGGAUUUGAAUUUUUAAGGGAUAAAGUUAAUUCUUUUGAUAUUAUAAUUACUGAUGCUUCAGAUCCUGUUGGGCCUGCUGAAUCACUAUUUCAAGUUAAAUAUUUUGAAUUAAUGAAAAAUGCGUUGCGUCCUGGCGGAAUUAUUUCAACUCAAGGCGAAUGUCAAUGGCUUCAUUUAGAUUUAAUCACACAAGUACAAUCCUAUUGUCGUGAAUUAUAUCCUGUAGUAGAAUAUGCUUAUACUACAAUUCCAACUUAUCCUUCAGGUCAAAUUGGUUUUAUAUUAUGUAGUAUUGAUGAUAAAGUUAAUCUAAAAAAACCUUUAAGGAAAUGGUCUGAAGAAGAAGAAGAAAAAUUAUGUAGAUAUUAUAAUUCUCAAAUUCAUGAAGCUGCUUUUAUUUUACCACAAUUUACUAAAAAUGCUUUGAAAAGGAGUUCAUAAAUUUAACAAUAUUAAAUAAAUUUAUAAUAUUACAUAAUAAAUUAAGAUU